CCGUCGAACCGGUGCUCCGGUAGUGCGCGUGUGUCUGUUGACUGUGUUCCUUAAACGAGUUUUAAUGUGUAGCUCAAAUUGAUUUUGGUUCCUUGUACAUGUGUGGUUCUUUGAAUGCUCAAUAUUUUUGGUAGACUCCGGAAGUGGUCAUGACUGCUCGAGGCACGCCUAGUCGUUUUUUACAAAGCGUUCUGCAGAACGGAGUCGGUCGAUACGUGUGUCAGCUGAAACGCGUGUCUUUUAUUUUCUCUAAAAACGGACAGAGUUCUUUAGGGGUCAGGGAGUUCAUUGAGGAUGGUGUGGUUGACUUUGCUAAAAAGAACCCAGGAAUUGUUGUCUACGUCUCUCCACAGUCAUGCAGAAUUCCCAAAAUAGUUGCUGAAUAUCUCAAUGGAAAUGUAAAGCAAGAGCUUGUCACCAAUAAAACCUCACAACAGAUUGCCGAGCUGAUUACUAAAAUGGCCAAUCAGUCUGGUCUGGACAUCAUCCGCAUCCGAAAGCCUUUCCACACAGACAGCCCAAGUAUCCAAGGCCAGUGGCAUCCUUUCACCAACCGACUGCCCAGCACUAAACCAAUCGGUCCACAGGCCAAAUGAUGACUUAUCACCAUCAAUUUCUUCUUGUGCUACACUGACUGUUUUGACAUCUUACAAAUUACCAAGUGAAUGCAACACCUAGAAUGUUGUUGGUAUAUUGUGGAGAAAGUUUUGCUUGUAUAAAAUUAGAGGGGAAAAACUGUUUGGUAUUGAAUGUUUAUUGAACACUGAAUAUAGGCUGAUUACUAUCAGCCUGUCCUUGACAAUCUUAAAAUGUAGGGUCCUGGGAUGUAGAUCUGAAUAUUGUGUUGUGUGGAUUCUGUUCUGACAUGAUGCUAUGGCUCAAGAAAUAAUAAUAAAAAACAUGGGCACUGUAGAAAA